UGUGUGUGCUUUAUACGUAGGCGUGCGUGUGUGUGUAAGUCUGUGUGUGUUUGUGUGUGCGUGUGUGUGUGUGAGGCGCGGUGGCGGCUAUGUCAGGGGCAGGGUCCAUAACUAUAUUAUUGCAAGCUGCUCGUUUCAUUGAGCAGCAGGAGGAGCUUAACGGCUACAGCAACUUCAGCAGCAGCAGCAAAGGUGUUGCUAGCAUUAACAACAACAAUGCCAGUCAACAUAAUAGAAACAAUACAACAGCCGCAGCCGCUACAGCAACAGCAACAACACCCGCCAAUUUAAACGGUUUAACUAACGGCAAUGUUGCAGCCGCCGUCUCAGCAGCAGCAGCAGCAGCAGCAGCAACAUCAAUUGGCCAUAGUAACGGCAAUGGCCACAACAACAGCAGCAGCAGCAACAGCAACAGUCCACGCGCUCAUUCAGUGUUAGCCCACGAUUAUGAAUAUGCCAUUGCCAAUGCACACCAGCUGGAGUCAGCGUCGGCAGCAGCAGCAGCAGCGGCAGCAGCAGCAGCAGGACGACGCAACAGCGAGGGUCGCCACAAUGCUACGGAGGAUGAACAAUCCUCCACAAACUUGAACUCUUACUCCCAACCACAACAACAACAACAAGUAGUAGUAGCAGCAACAACAACAGCAGCAGCAAUACCAACAACAAUUAAAGUUAAUGGCGCUGUACGCAUUGCUGCCGCAGCGCUGCCGCUGCCGCUGCUCGAUGAGAAUGGGGGCGUGGUCACGACGUCCAGUUUAAAGCAUAAACUGUCCGCUGGCACUGUUGGCAGCGAGCUGGCUCGCAAGUAUUUGAUGCGCACUGAUCCGAAAGGUGUCAGUGCCACGCCCACAUCAGUCAACAACGCUGGCAGCAUAGCAGUGACGACAGCGACAGCGGCAGUGACGCCUCAGAGCUAUUUGUUAUUCCAUCCUGUGGGCGCAACGACGACGUCGACGUCCGCACAGGCGGCGACGGCGGCGGCGCAAGCGCGCGCCACACGCAAAUCAGCCAUACCCCUUACACCGCCGCCCAUGGCGACGCGCAAAUUGGAUGAAACCCAUGCCCGCAUACGCUCAUUCUCAAUGUCCUCCCAUAAAUUUGCAGCAGUCGGACCGCAGAGCUUUUAUCUGGGCAGCGCCGAGGAUGCGCAUAUGAGCGACGCGGCCGCCAUCGACUCCAAUGCUCUGGCCUAUUGCGCCGCCUUUCGUCAGAGUCUCAGCGCCCAGGCAUCGCCCGCCGUAGCAGUUGCCUCAUGCUCCGCCGGGCCAUCAAUGUCGGUCUCGGCAUCGGCGCCCAUAACUGGAUCUCAGCUGAGCGGACACGGCGCACGCAGGCGCACCAUAAGCUCGAACAGCAAUGGCGCACAGGGCACACGCGAGGUGCACAACAAGCUGGAAAAGAAUCGGCGGGCACAUCUGAAGGAAUGCUACGAGAAGCUAAAGAAUCAGCUGCCGCUCAAAGAGGAGGAACGCAAAAAGACAUCAAAUCUAACAAUACUCGAUAAGGCGUAUAAAUAUGUUGAGGAACUAAAGCAACUCAAUCGGGAUGUGGAGGUUCAGUAUGAGCUUGAGGCCAAGAAAAAGAUUGACCUACAGAAGCGUUACAACAGCCUGCGACGUGACACAGAUCAGAGCAUUCCAGAGCAUAAAGAUGUUAACGAAGCUGUUUGUCUGACAACCAACAACAACAACAGCGCCAGCACCAGCUCCUCAUCGUUAUCGACAUCGCCAAGCGGAUCAGGAGCAGCAGCAACGGUAUCAGCAGCUGUGCCCAUUGCCAAUCGCAAUCUUGCAGCUGCCGCCAUACUUUUUGAUGCUGCCACUGCUUUGGUGGAGAAUGCAGCUGCAGCUUCGCCAGCUGCUGCAGCCGUUUGGACGUCAACUGUGAUAAGCAAAAGCAACGCUAGCAAACAUAACAUCAUUAUCAACAACAAUAACCACAACAACAACAACAACAAUGUUACCUCCGGUGCUGGCAGCUAUAAUCAAAAUUCAGCUGUUGUUGCUGCCGUGCCAACUGCAACAUUGCUGAAUCCCGUUGCCGCCGCUGCUGCUGCCUUGCUCAAGGCCAAUAUGCUGGCGGCAGCCAAUGGCUCUGGCUCCGGCUCCGGCUCCGGCUCCAGCACGAGCUCAACGCAAAGCAGUCCCGCUAGCAGUCCCACUGCUUCUAUCAAUACCACACAUGGCAUACGUGGCUCGCCCACACCCUCGACGCCAUCGCCCUCACCCAGCAGCACAUCCAGCGGCGUUUCCUCAGCGGCUUCGUUUAUGGGCUUCAAAAAUAGCUCAAGCUCCUCCUCAUCCUCCUCCUCCUCAUCAUCGUCGUCGUCGUCGUCGAGCUCCUCCAGCAGCAGUUCCUCCUCGCCGCCCAUGCCCAUGCAGCAAAGCCAGCAGCAUCAGGCUCAUCUACUCAGCGCCGCUGCCGCCGUCGCUGCGCCCCCACGCAGCGCCAACCUCAAGUUUCAACCAGCAAGUCAGCCGGUGGCAACGUCUAAUGCUGCUUUUCAUCAGUCCGACAAGGAGCGGAAUUAUAAUUUUUUAAUGCGCAGCGGUACGGCGGCUCAAUGAAGCAACAGCAACAACAACAACAAAACAAAACUGAAUUGUGUGCAACAAC